CUGGAGCUGUCCGCGGUGCUGAACCUCCACCGCGCAAUCCGUGUAUAACAGUCCGUGAGUCUAGCUCUCUCUGCGUUGCUACCGGAGCUCUGCGCGAUUCACCGGGAAAAAGGCGAAUAGCUCAUACGCGUACAAGACCUUACGGACAUUUUAUUUGACGCUCGAGUGAUUCUCACAGCAUUGUUUAACACAAGGACAUAUUGUAGUUUUUUCUGUGGAGUCGUUUCAGCAUGUGUGUAAGGAUCGAGCUCCAAAAGAACUGGCUCUUUCUGCUGCUCAUUCUGACUCUUUCAGUGAUUUACACGCAUUGUCAAGAGGAUGGAACUGAACAAACUCGGAAUGGAGGAGAGUCAGAAUCAGAAAGAGAGUUUGACCCUUUCACCGGCAAACAGGAGCCACCAACCGACGUCCAGCAGCUCACAACAGAUGCAGUACCAAUCCUCCCCAACCUAAGACUGCUCAAACUCCACUCAGCUCUGCUAACCAAGAGCUUUCAGGGAGAUCAGCAGUUUUUUAAAGAGGCAACGCACACCAUGCCAACAGUCCCCACUUCUACAUCUAACACUAAACAUUCACUGGAGCCUCAGAAGGAUGGGGCAAAACCUGUGGAACAAAGAAGACCCAGCAAAAGCCAUAGUAGAACAUCAGAGAAGAUGGUAGUCACCUCUCAGCCUCUCACAAACCCCUCCAUUCCAAUAAGCUCUCCCACAGUCACAGGUCAAAACACAACAAUAAAGAAAUCCUUUGACAAGGAAAGCACUUUGCCACCACUGUCUCUGUCAACUUCACCUAAGAAAGAAUCACCGAGGCCGGAGAGGAAAACCACACCAGGAUAUUCCUCUGAGACAUCUCCAGCUCACUGCGAUAUGAACUUCACAGACGCCGAGGGUUAUAUUGAGUUCCCCCUGGAUGUCUCAUUUGAUUCCCACAUUCAUUGCACCUGCCUGGUUACUGUAUAUCUGGGUUACGGUGUUGAGAUUCAGGUGCUGAACGCGAGUUUGGAUGACGGGAUGGAGGCAGUUCUGGAGGAUCUAGGUGGACCUGUGGUUUCAAUACUUGCCAACAACUCAGUGUUGUCCAGGGGUCUGGUGCUGCGGAGCUCUAGCAACCAGAUCUCAGUGCAGUUCAGCAGUGAAUGGCCCGCUCAGCCUGGCUUAUUACUUCUGCGGUAUAGAGCCUUUGCUCUGAGUUGUGCAUCCCUGCUGGCCCCUGAAAAUGGUGAAGUAUCAGUCACUGGUCUUCAGGUGGAGGGCGUGGCCUAUUUCUCCUGUCUGAUUGGCUAUCAGCUCCAGGGCCCCUCCUCUCUCACAUGCCGAAAUGCCACCACACCAUAUUGGAGUGGCAGAGAGCCCAGGUGUCAAGUUGUUUGUGGGGGGAUGAUGAGAAAUGCCACUCAGGGUCGUAUCAUCUCGCCGGGAUUUCCAGGAAAUUACAGCAGCAAUCUGACAUGUCACUGGGUACUGGAGGCCCCUGAGGGCCAUCGGCUCCAUGUUCACUUUGAGAAAGUUGCCCUGGCUGAGGAUGAUGACAGGCUCCUCAUAAAGGAUGGGAGUAACAUUGACUCUCCGCCCCUGUAUGACUCAUAUGAAGUCGAGUAUCUGCCCACUGAGGGGGUCACCAGCACCGGCAGGCAUCUGUUUGUGGAAUUCACCAGUGAUGAGACGGGCACAUGCACUGGAGCUGCCAUUCGAUAUGACGCAUUUGCUCAGGGCAGCUGUUAUGAGCCAUUUGUGAAGAAUGGAAAUUUUUCCACAAGUGAUCCUGCGUUUGGAGUUGGUUCUGUGGUGGAGUUCACCUGUGAGCCGGGUUAUACACUGGAGCAGGGCGCUGUUAUUUUAGAGUGCAUAAAUGAGGAAAAUCCACAAUGGAAUGAGACAGAACCAGCCUGUCGAGCGGUGUGCAGUGGAGAAAUAACGGAUUCAGCAGGUGUGGUGCUUUCUCCAAACUGGCCUGAAGCAUAUGACAAAGGCCAGGAUUGUAUCUGGGGUCUACAUGUGGAGGAGGACAAGAGAUUUAUGCUGGAUGUUCAGGUUCUUCGUCUGGGGAAGAAUGACCUGCUGACCUUUUAUGAUGGUGAUGACCUCACAGCCAACAUCCUGGGCCAGUACAGCGGUGUCCUUGCUCGAUUUAGACUCUACACCUCUACAGCUGAUGUGACCAUCCAGUUUCAAUCUGAUCCAGCCUCCAACAUGUACGGAUACAACAAUGGCUUUGUAGUGCAUUUUUUUGAAGUGCCACGUAACGACACAUGUGCAGAGCUGCCAGAAAUCCCUAAUGGCUGGAAGAGCACAUCUCAUCCCGACCUGACCCAUGGCACCGUUAUUACCUACCAGUGUUACCCAGGCUUCCGUCUGCAGGGCUCAGAGAUCCUGAUGUGCCAGUGGGAUCUGACUUGGAGCGGAGACGUCCCGAUCUGUGAGAAAAUUAUGUCAUGUGAGGAUCCAGGACUAGUGGAAAACAGUCAGAGACUGGUGACCAGCUCUCGUUUCACUGUGGGAUCGUCCGUGGAGUACAUUUGCAACAAAGGAUACUCACUUUUUGGCCCAGGAGUGCUCACUUGCUACAGCAGAGAUACUGCAGACCCAAAGUGGAGUGAAAGACUGCCCAAAUGUGUCCCUGAAAGAUAUGAACCCUGCAGUAACCCUGGUGCCCCCUCCUCGGCCAUCCAAAGUUCAGAGAAACUGUUCUUCCAGGCAGGAGAGACUCUGAGCUUCACCUGCCGAGCAGGUUAUGUGCUUCAGGGUGAACCCAAUAUCCACUGCCUCCCUGGACAUCCCUCUCAAUGGAGCGGAGCGCCCCCUAUGUGCAGAGCUUCCACAAGAAACAAUGAGGAACACAGAUUGAACGCUGUUGAUUCAGAGUUUGAUGCAGAGGACGUCAACAUCGCUAUCGCAGUUCUGAUUCCUGUAGUGGCGGUGCUGAUGCUCCUCUUGGUCAUCUUCCUCUGCAUCUCAAUAGCUCAAAGUAAGUCUUUUCAGCUCCCUGGAUCAUCAUUGCCGCCGUAUGACAACAUGACAGAAGAAUCUGCAUUUGACAACCCUGUUUAUGAGACAGGAGUAAGUAUGGAUGCCGUGAACCUCAGAGACGUGGGCUCUCACAACACCAUCGUCUUGUCCUGAUCAAUGCUUGCCGUUCUGUCAUUUCGACAUAUCAUCUAUGACUCUGAACUGGAUAUUUCAAAAAACUUUAUAACUGAAUGAGCCUAGUGUUGCAUUAGCCAACUCUUAAGUUUUUUAACAAUAUUUAAAAAUAAGCAAAGGUUGAAAAUGCUGCUGUCUGUUUGUAACACACAUUAACGUGCUAGAAAGAAUAUGUCUGGAGGAAAGAUUCUGUGUCCCUUAUUAAAACAUUUAUUUUAGAUGUAAAAUCCAUUUAGGCUCGAGGCUGUGGGUCAGAAAUAUCUAGAACUCAGAAGAUGUGUGUCUGUGUGUGUGGGUGUGGGCAUGUUUUUGUGACAUAUCAGGACACAACUCUG